AUGCGCUCCAAAGGUUUUUUGAUUCGGCCAUCAGAUAGUCUUUUUGCUCUUAUUUCAACUUUAGAAAAAAUAACGUUACAGACUUUAGUAUCUGAAGAAUUAAAUGUAAAUACAAUUUUUUCUAUAACUUCAAACUUAUGGACGGACACAGCAUCUUUCCCAUUUGUUGGUUCUGAAGAACACAAUAUGGGUUUGACAAAAAGUAUUGUUCGCUUUUUUAUUACAAUGCGUAUGCAUUUUAUUGUAAGACGUUCAAACUUCAAUGAAACUACAAAAAAAAGGAUAAAACCAAGUGUAGUAGAAAGUUGUCAAAACUUUAAUUAA